AUGGGAGCACAAAACGCAAAGGCCGACUUGGAGGAGUACAGAGCGGGCUACCCCACCCAGCAAGACGACCCCCGCCAGAAGGACAAUCUUCGUUUCUACAAGGGCGAGAUCAAGUCGGUGCCUUCCGGCGACUUCAUCGACAAGAUACAUGAGGAGUGGUUUGGCAACUACGCCCUGCUCGAACGCCACCACGGCUACAUCCAAUGGCUGUUCCCCAUCCGCGAGCACGGCAUGAACAUGCAGAGCCAGGUUCUCCAGCUCCACGAAAUCGAGGGCAUCAAAGCCGACCCUGAGUGCGGGAGGCGAAUGGUGCGCUCGUACGAGCUGAUGCUCGAGUUCUACGGCAUGAAGCUUAAGAACGCCGAGACCGGCGAGCUGGAGCGGUCCGAGAACUACAAGGCGCGCUACCGCAACCUCAACACGUCGGGCCACAACUACCUCCGCAUCACGCGCAUCCUCAAGAGCCUGGGCGAGCUGGGCUUCGAGCACCUCAAGUUCAACUUCCUCGCCUUUGUGGCCGACGAGAUCUGGACCCACGGCGAGCUCAAGAACUGCAAGAGCUCGAUCGAGAACUACUGGACCGGCACCCUGCGCGACGACACCCAGCGCGCCGAGAUGGAGAAGCGAAUCAGCGACUUCAAGAAGGCGGCCGGCGAAGACGACGAGGACCGGUUCUCGGCCUACCGUCGUGGCGGCCCCCAGCAGCGAUACGGCGGCGGCGCUGGCGCUGGUGGCGCUGGUGGCCGAAGCGCGGGCGCGGGCGUGCCGGCGCGAAAGCCAGUGUAUGCGGACAGCGACAGCGACAGCGAUGAUGAGGACGAGGUGGAUACAGAGGAAGAUGAUGACGCGCAGGCCAACCCUCCUGCCAGCAACGAGAAGGCGAAGACGAAGGUCGCCCCCGCCGCUCCGGUCCGGGCCAACCCUCCCGCCAACAAGAAGGAGCAGGACAGCGAGAGUGAUGACGAGGGAGAAGCGGAGGAGGAAGAGGUCGCUUCGCCAGCCAACGCCAACGCCUGA